GACAGGGAAGGCAUGACCAAGUACUCCCUCCAGAGUCCUGACCUUUGACCCCCUUGGAGCCUGAGGAUUCUGCUCCCUGGGACACUUACAGCUCAGGCCACCCCUGCCCGAGAUGGCCGUCCUCCCGCUGCUCCUUUGCCUGCUACCGCUGGCCCCUGCCUCAUCUCCACCCCAGCUAGCCACACCCAGCCCGUGUCCCCGCCGUUGCCGCUGCCAGACACAGUCACUGCCCCUAAGUGUGCUGUGCCCAGGGGCAGGUCUUCUGUUUGUGCCACCCUCUCUGGACCGCCGGGCAGCCGAGUUGCGCCUAGCAGACAACUUCAUUGCAGCUGUGCGGCGCCGUGACCUGGCCAACAUGACGGGCCUACUGCAUCUGAGCUUGUCACGUAAUACCAUCCGCCAUGUGGCAGCUGGUGCCUUUGCUGAUCUUCGCGCCCUGCGUGCCCUGCACCUAGAUGGUAACCGGCUGACCUCACUGGGCGAGGGUCAGCUGCGCGGCCUGGUUAAUUUGCGCCAUCUCAUCCUGAGCAACAACCAGCUGGCAGCCCUGGCGGCUGGUGCCCUGGACGACUGUGCUGAGACACUCGAGGACCUCGACCUCUCCUACAACAACCUGGAACAGCUGCCUUGGGAGGCUUUGGGCCGCCUGGGCAACGUCAAUACAUUGGGCCUCGACCACAACCUGCUGGCUUCUGUGCCCGCCGGCGCCUUUUCCCGCCUGCAUAAGCUGGCGCGGCUGGACAUGACCUCCAACCGCCUGACCACCAUCCCACCCGACCCACUCUUCUCCCGCCUACCACUGCUCGCCAGGCCCCGUGGCUCACCUGCCUCUGCCCUGGUGCUGGCCUUCGGUGGGAACCCUCUGCACUGCAACUGCGAGCUGGUGUGGCUGCGGCGGCUGGCGAGGGAGGAUGACCUCGAAGCCUGCGCCUCCCCGCCUGCCCUGGGCGGCCGCUACUUCUGGGCUGUGGGUGAGGAGGAGUUUGUGUGCGAGCCGCCUGUGGUAACUCACCGCUCACCGCCCCUGGCAGUGCCUGCUGGUCGGCCAGCUGCCCUGCGCUGUCGGGCUGUGGGGGACCCCGAGCCCCAUGUGCGUUGGGUGUCACCCCAGGGCCGGCUGCUGGGCAACUCGAGCCGUGCUCGCGCCUUCCCUAAUGGGACGCUGGAGCUGCUGGUCACAGAGCCGGGUGAUGGCGGCACCUUCACCUGCAUCGCUGCCAAUGCAGCCGGUGAGGCCACGGCUGCUGUUGAGCUAACCGUGGGCCCCCCACCUCCCCAGCUAGCCAACAGCACCAGCUGUGACCCCCCGCGGGACGGGGAUCCUGAUGUCCUCACCCCACCUUCUGCUGCCUCCGCCUCCGCCUCCGCCAAGGCAGCAGACACUGGGCCCCCUACUGACCGUGGUGUCCAGGUGACUGAGCAUGGGGCCACAGCUGCUCUCGUCCAGUGGCCGGAUCAGCAGCCUAUCCCAGGCAUUCGCAUGUACCAGAUCCAGUACAACAGCUCAGCCGAUGACAUCCUGGUCUACAGGAUGAUCUCAGCUGACAGCCGCUCCUUCCUGUUGACGGACCUGGCGUCAGGCCGCACCUAUGACCUGUGCGUGCUGGCGGUGUACGAGGACAGCACCACCGGGCUGACGGCCACGCGGCCAGUGGGCUGCGCUCGCUUCUCCACCGAGCCCGCGCUGCGGCCCUGCGGGGCCCCACAGGCACCCUUCCUGGGCGGCACCAUGAUCAUCGCGCUGGGUGGUGUCAUCGUGGCCUCAGUACUGGUCUUCAUCUUCGUCCUGCUCAUGCGCUACAAGGUGCACGGCGGCCAGCCCCCCGGCAAGGCCAAGGCAGCCGCUCCCGUCAGCAGCGUUUGCUCCCAGACCAACGGUGCCACACCGGCCCUGUCCGCUCCUGAGCCCUCCGCACCCAGGGCCCACACCGUGGUCCAGCUGGACUGUGAGCCCUGGGGGCCCAGUCACGAACCCACGGGACCCUAGCCUCGUGCCCACCUCUGUGGCUCUUCUGGCCCAAGGGACCCCCUGUGGGACCCGGCCUCAGACUCACCAAAUUGUUCACGGUUUUUAAAACUCUGACGGGGAGGGUGUCAGGGGCACUGGGGGGCACAACAAGAAAGUCCUAUUUUUCUAAGCUUGGGC